AUGCUCCCGCCGUCAACUACCCGUCAGCCGGCUAUUCCGGGCCGGCCGGAGCAAUCGGAGGAGUACGCAUGGGUUCCAGGUCUAAUCGAUGCGGCGACGAUCGAAAAACUCGAGCGCGUGGGGAUGGCAUGGGGCCCUCUGACCGGCCUUCCCUGGGGAGCUCCCAUCCCUCUGCUUCUCCUCACAGCCUUCUGCACCACUCUGCACCGAUACAACCCCAGGCGGAGGGAUUUCCCCGUGGGAGUGUCGUUCGAGUGGUACAUCUUGCAGGCGGAAGAUGCGGACGAUGAGCCGCCACCGGCGGAAGCGCACAAGGGCGGGGGAGGAGGGGGAGGCGGGGGAAAGGGGCACGGGGACGGGGGCGCAGGCGGGCACCGCCAGUCACUUUUCUCCGAUAGUGAGUACUCCGAUUCCGAGUUCGAGUCGUCGCGCCAGGCCACGCGGCUGUCCGCGAUAGGUGGCGGAGGAGGAGGAGCUCCAUCGGGAGGAGCGCUAGGAGCGGCGGCGCGCGCGGCGUACCAGUCAUCUGCAGGUCCUGGCGGGGGCGUGGGGGGAGGCAAGGGCGGAGCCAUCCCGCAGGGAAUGCGGCCAGCCGGACUAGCCACAGGUCUCCUAUCCACCAUGGUCAGCGCAAUGGCAGGGGGAGGGGCGAAACCCAUAGCAGCAGGAGCAGGUGCGGGAGCAGCUUCCGCGAAGCCCGCAGGGAGCGGGCUGCUGCGGCUGUGGCAGGGGGGGAAGCUGUACGACGCGCCGCCGUCGGGGCAGGAUCUUAGGGUUAGCUGGCGCGCUAACGGGCUGUUUCACGACACUAUAUCGGACGCGAUGAGCUCUAUAACGAGUUUCUCCGCCGUGGGAGAGGAGGACGAGGAUCAAUUACUCGUGGUGAACGUGGAAAUGGAUAAUCUGCCCGCGCGCGCCCCGCAUGCGGACAACCUACUCCCCCCUUCCGCACUCCCCCCUGCUGCUGCGCCACCAGGCGCAGUUCCGCGGCAGGGCAGUCUGGGGGCGGCGGGGCUGCCGUCUAUGGGGCUAGCGAAGCAGCACAGUCUCAGAUCGGACCCGGGAACCGUCGCAGGGGCGGGCACAUCCGGGGUGGGUGUAUCUGGGGGAGGUGUAUCCGGGGUAGGUGCAUCUGGGGCGGGGCGUUCUGACAGAGACGUGACUCUACUGGAGAUGCUGGCCCACGUGGGAUCGCGGCUGUUUGAAGCCGUGGGGAGCGCGGAGGAAGGGGGAGGCGCAUCCGGGGUAGGUCACAGCGGUGGGUUGGAUAACCCUACAAGAGACCACAGCGGGAGUUUGGCACGGUCGUUAGGUGGGGGGCCGGGGGAGGGGCGGAGUGUGCGGGCGGGGGGAAGGGGCGUGUCCGGGGAUGGCAUGUCUGAUGUGGAUAGGGAGAGUGUGGGGAGGGGAACGGCUAGAUCUGCGUCAACAGCCCGGAGCAGGGUGGCUGCUGCAAGUGCAGCUGCGGUAGCCAAAGGGUUUCCGGCUUUCUUCAAGUAUUUUGCGUAUGGGAUUGACAGGCAGACAAUUGAAGAGGAAGGGGAGGAUAUACCAUCGUGUGGGCUUGCCGGGUUGUUUGUCCCUGGGUCGAAAAAGAAAGCGGUGCUGAUUCGGUGGCGGUACGACGUGUCUAAGUACGAUGAAUCUACUGUUGCUCGGCUGAGCGCGAAUUUUUGUUUUUUGGUGGAGCGGAUUGCAUCUCUGCCGUCAAUCGAGGCGCUGCCGAUCUAUUACCUGCCCGUGCUGACCGACGCGGAAAGGGAGCAGCUAGAGGACAAGUUUUCCGGGCGGCUGGUGCCGCACGCGUUUUGGCAUGAGGAGGAAGAAGGGAGGAAGCUUCUGCUGGAUGUUGGGGGGUAUAGGGAUGGGAGGGGGGUGGGGAGAGGCGGCAGGGAUAAGUUGAGGGAGAAGGAUAGGCUGAGGAGGAAGAAGAAGCAAGAGGAGGGGAAGGGAGAGGGUGUGGAAGGUGCUGCUGCUACAGGUGCUGCUGCUACAGGUGCUGCUGCUACAGGUGCUGCUGCUACAGGUGCUGCUGCUACAGGUGCUGCUGCUACAGGUGCUGCUGCUACAGGUGCUGCUGCUACAGGUGCUGCUGCUACAGGUGCUGCUGCUACAGGUGCUGCUGCUACAGGUGCUGCUGCUACAGGUGCUGCUGCUACAGGUGCUGCUGCUACAGGUGCUGCUGCUACAGGUGCUGCUGCUACAGGUGCUGCUGCUACAGGUGCUGCUGCUACAGGUGCUGCUGCUACAGAUGCUGCUGCUACAGGUGCUGCUGCUACAGAUGCUGCUGCUACAGGUGCUGCUGCUACAGAUGCUGCUGCUACAGGUGCUGCUGCUACAGAUGCUGCUGCUACAGGUGCUGCUGCUACAGAUGCUGCUGCUACAGGUGCUGCUGCUACAGAUGCUGCUGCUACAGGUGCUGCUGCUACAGAUGCUGCUGCUACAGGUGCUGCUGCUACAGGUGCUGCUGCUACAGGUGCUGCUGCUACAGGUGCUGCUGCUACAGAUGCUGCUGCUACAGGUGCUGCUGCUACAGAUGCUGCUGCUACAGGUGCUGCUGCUACAGAUGCUGCUGCUACAGGUGCUGCUGCUACAGAUGCUGCUGCUACAGGUGCUGCUGCUACAGGUGCUGCUGCUACAGAUGCUGCUGCUACAGGUGCUGCUGCUACAGAUGCUGCUGCUACAGGUGCUGCUGCUACAGGUGCUGCUGCUACAGGUGCUGCUGCUACAGGUGCUGCUGCUACAGGUGCUGCUGCUACAGGUGCUGCUGCUACAGGUGCUGCUGCUACAGGUGCUGCUGCUACAGGUGCUGCUGCUACAGGUGCUGCUGCUACAGGUGCUGCUGCUACAGGUGCUGCUGCUACAGGUGCUGCUGCUACAGGUGCUGCUGCUACAGGUGCUGCUGCUACAGGUGCUGCUGCUACAGGUGCUGCUGCUACAGGUGCUGCUGCUACAGGUGCUGCUGCUACAGGUGCUGCUGCUACAGGUGCUGCUGCUACAGGUGCUGCUGCUACAGGUGCUGCUGCUACAGGUGCUGCUGCUACAGGUGCUGCUGCUACAGGUGCUGCUGCUACAGGUGCUGCUGCUACAGGUGCUGCUGCUACAGGUGCUGCUGCUACAGGUGCUGCUGCUACAGGUGCUGCUGCUACAGGUGCUGCUGCUACAGGUGCUGCUGCUAAAGGUGCUGCUGCUACAGGUGCUGCUGCUACAGGUGCUGCUGCUACAGGUGCUGCUGCUACAGGUGCUGCUGCUAACAGUGCUGCUGCUACAGGUGCUGCUGCUACAGGUGCUGCUGCUACAGGUGCUGCUGCUACAGGUGCUGCUGCUACAGGUGCUGCUGCUACAGGUGCUGCUGCUACAGGUGCUGCUGCUACAGGUGCUGCUGCUACAGGUGCUGCUGCUACAGGUGCUGCUGCUACAGGUGCUGCUGCUACAGGUGCUGCUGCUACAGGUGCUGCUGCUACAGGUGCUGCUGCUACAGGUGCUGCUGCUACAGGUGCUGCUGCUACAGGUGCUGCUGCUACAGGUGCUGCUGCUACAGGUGCUGCUGCUACAGGUGCUGCUGCUACAGGUGCUGCUGCUACAGGUGCUGCUGCUACAGGUGCUGCUGCUACAGGUGCUGCUGCUACAGGUGCUGCUGCUACAGGUGCUGCUGCUACAGGUGCUGCUGCUACAGGUGCUGCUGCUACAGGUGCUGCUGCUACAGGUGCUGCUGCUACAGGUGCUGCUGCUACAGGUGCUGCUGCUACAGGUGCUGCUGCUACAGGUGCUGCUGCUACAGGUGCUGCUGCUACAGGUGCUGCUGCUACAGGUGCUGCUGCUACAGGUGCUGCUGCUACAGGUGCUGCUGCUACAGGUGCUGCUGCUACAGGUGCUGCUGCUACAGGUGCUGCUGCUACAGGUGCUGCUGCUACAGGUGCUGCUGCUACAGGUGCUGCUGCUACAGGUGCUGCUGCUACAGGUGCUGCUGCUACAGGUGCUGCUGCUACAGGUGCUGCUGCUACAGGUGCUGCUGCUACAGGUGCUGCUGCUACAGAAGGUGCUGCUGCUACAGGUGCUGCUGCUACAGGUGCUGCUGCUACAGGUGCUGCUGCUACAGGUGCUGCUGCUACAGGUGCUGCUGCUACAGGUGCUGCUGCUACAGGUGCUGCUGCUACAGGUGCUGCUGCUACAGGUGCUGCUGCUACAGGUGCUGCUGCUACAGGUGCUGCUGCUACAGGUGCUGCUGCUACAGGUGCUGCUGCUACAGGUGCUGCUGCUACAGGUGCUGCUGCUACAGGUGCUGCUGCUACAGGUGCUGCUGCUACAGGUGCUGCUGCUACAGGUGCUGCUGCUACAGGUGCUGCUGCUACAGGUGCUGCUGCUACAGGUGCUGCUGCUACAGGUGCUGCUGCUACAGGUGCUGCUGCUACAGGUGCUGCUGCUACAGGUGCUGCUGCUACAGGUGCUGCUGCUACAGGUGCUGCUGCUACAGGUGCUGCUGCUACAGGUGCUGCUGCUACAGGUGCUGCUGCUACAGGUGCUGCUGCUACAGGUGCUGCUGCUACAGGUGCUGCUGCUACAGGUGCUGCUGCUACAGGUGCUGCUGCUACAGGUGCUGCUGCUACAGGUGCUGCUGCUACAGGUGCUGCUGCUACAGGUGCUGCUGCUACAGGUGCUGCUGCUACAGGUGCUGCUGCUACAGGUGCUGCUGCUACAGGUGCUGCUGCUACAGGUGCUGCUGCUACAGGUGCUGCUGCUACAGGUGCUGCUGCUACAGGUGCUGCUGCUACAGGUGCUGCUGCUACAGGUGCUGCUGCUACAGGUGCUGCUGCUACAGGUGCUGCUGCUACAGGUGCUGCUGCUACAGGUGCUGCUGCUACAGGUGCUGCUGCUACAGGUGCUGCUGCUACAGGUGCUGCUGCUACAGGUGCUGCUGCUACAGGUGCUGCUGCUACAGGUGCUGCUGCUACAGGUGCUGCUGCUACAGGUGCUGCUGCUACAGGUGCUGCUGCUACAGGUGCUGCUGCUACAGGUGCUGCUGCUACAGGUGCUGCUGCUACAGGUGCUGCUGCUACAGGUGCUGCUGCUACAGGUGCUGCUGCUACAGGUGCUGCUGCUACAGGUGCUGCUGCUACAGGUGCUGCUGCUACAGGUGCUGCUGCUACAGGUGCUGCUGCUACAGGUGCUGCUGCUACAGGUGCUGCUGCUACAGGUGCUGCUGCUACAGGUGCUGCUGCUACAGGUGCUGCUGCUACAGGUGCUGCUGCUACAGGUGCUGCUGCUACAGGUGCUGCUGCUACAGGUGCUGCUGCUACAGGUGCUGCUGCUACAGGUGCUGCUGCUACAGGUGCUGCUGCUACAGGUGCUGCUGCUACAGGUGCUGCUGCUACAGGUGCUGCUGCUACAGGUGCUGCUGCUACAGGUGCUGCUGCUACAGGUGCUGCUGCUACAGGUGCUGCUGCUACAGGUGCUGCUGCUACAGGUGCUGCUGCUACAGGUGCUGCUGCUACAGGUGCUGCUGCUACAGGUGCUGCUGCUACAGGUGCUGCUGCUACAGGUGCUGCUGCUACAGGUGCUGCUGCUACAGGUGCUGCUGCUACAGGUGCUGCUGCUACAGGUGCUGCUGCUACAGGUGCUGCUGCUACAGGUGCUGCUGCUACAGGUGCUGCUGCUACAGGUGCUGCUGCUACAGGUGCUGCUGCUACAGGUGCUGCUGCUACAGGUGCUGCUGCUACAGGUGCUGCUGCUACAGGUGCUGCUGCUACAGGUGCUGCUGCUACAGGUGCUGCUGCUACAGGUGCUGCUGCUACAGGUGCUGCUGCUACAGGUGCUGCUGCUACAGGUGCUGCCACUACAGAUGCUGCUGCUACAGGUGCUGCUGCUACAGGUGCUGCUGCUACAGGUGCUGCCACUACAGGUGCUGCUGCUACAGAUGCUGCCACUACAGGUGCUGCCACUACAGAUGCUGCCACUACAGAUGCUGCCACUACAGAUGCUGCUGCUACAGGUGCUGCUGCUACAGGUGCUGCUGCUACAGGUGCUGCCACUACAGAUGCUGCUGCUACAGGUGCUGCCACUACAGAUGCUGCUGCUACAGGUGCUGCUGCUACAGGUGCUGCUGCUACAGGUGCUGCUGCUACAGGUGCUGCUGCUACAGGUGCUGCUGCUACAGGUGCUGCUGCUACAGGUGCUGCUGCUACAGGUGCUGCUGCUACAGGUGCUGCUGCUACAGGUGCUGCUGCUACAGGUGCUGCUGCUACAGGUGCUGCCACUACAGAUGCUGCUGCUACAGGUGCUGCCACUACAGAUGCUGCUGCUACAGGUGCUGCCACUACAGAUGCUGCUGCUACAGGUGCUGCCACUACAGAUGCUGCUGCUACAGGUGCUGCCACUACAGAUGCUGCUGCUACAGGUGCUGCUGCUACAGAUGCUGCUGCUACAGGUGCUGCUGCUACAGAUGCUGCUGCUACAGGUGCUGCUGCUACAGGUGCUGCUGCUACAGGUGCUGCUGCUACAGGUGCUGCUGCUACAGGUGCUGCUGCUACAGGUGCUGCUGCUACAGGUGCUGCUGCUACAGGUGCUGCUGCUACAGGUGCUGCUGCUACAGGUGCUGCUGCUACAGGUGCUGCUGCUACAGGUGCUGCUGCUACAGGUGCUGCUGCUACAGAUGCUGCUGCUACAGGUGCUGCUGCUACAGAUGCUGCUGCUACAGGUGCUGCUGCUACAGAUGCUGCUGCUACAGAUGCUGCUGCUACAGGUGCUGCUGCUACAGGUGCUGCUGCUACAGGUGCUGCUGCUACAGGUGCUGCUGCUACAGGUGCUGCUGCUACAGAUGCUGCUGCUACAGGUGCUGCUGCUACAGGUGCUGCUGCUACAGGUGCUGCUGCUACAGGUGCUGCUGCUACAGAUGCUGCUGCUACAGAUGCUGCUGCUACAGGUGCUGCUGCUACAGGUGCUGCUGCUACAGGUGCUGCUGCUACAGGUGCUGCUGCUACAGGUGCUGCUGCUACAGGUGCUGCUGCUACAGAUGCUGCUGCUACAGGUGCUGCUGCUACAGGUGCUGCUGCUACAGGUGCUGCUGCUACAGGUGCUGCUGCUACAGGUGCUGCUGCUACAGGUGCUGCUGCUACAGGUGCUGCUGCUACAGGUGCUGCUGCUACAGGUGCUGCUGCUACAGGUGCUGCUGCUACAGGUGCUGCUGCUACAGGUGCUGCUGCUACAGAUGCUGCUGCUACAGAUGCUGCUGCUACAGAUGCUGCUGCUACAGAUGCUGCUGCUACAGGUGCUGCUGCUACAGGUGCUGCUGCUACAGGUGCUGCUGCUACAGGUGCUGCUGCUACAGGUGCUGCUGCUACAGGUGCUGCUGCUACAGGUGCUGCUGCUACAGGUGCUGCUGCUACAGGUGCUGCUGCUACAGGUGCUGCUGCUACAGGUGCUGCUGCUACAGGUGCUGCUGCUACAGGUGCUGCUGCUACAGAUGCUGCUGCUACAGAUGCUGCUGCUACAGGUGCUGCUGCUACAGAUGCUGCUGCUACAGGUGCUGCUGCUACAGAUGCUGCUGCUACAGGUUCUGCUGCUAGAGGUUCUGCUGCUACAGAUGCUGCUGCUACAGAUGCUGCUGCUACAGGUGCUGCUGCUACAGGUGCUGCUGCUACAGGUGCUGCUGCUACAGGUGCUGCUGCUACAGGUGCUGCUGCUACAGAUGCUGCUGCUACAGGUGCUGCUGCUACAGCCCUCUAG